AUGGAACCAGCUUGUGUUUCGGAGUGUGACUCAUCGGUGAGUUUUUGUUGCCGGAGGCAAGGCUCUGUGUCGGUGAAGCUUUCACUCGAUCGAACUGGAUUUACACCUGGCGAACAAUUCCAAGUGAACGCAACAAUCACCAAUGACAGUUCCAAGACCAUCAGAUGUUCAGCGUUGAAAAUGAGGCAGCAAGUUGAUUACAGGGCAAAAACAUUUGCUGGAAGUGAGCACGUAAAGUCGGCCAGUAGGGUGAUCGUGAAGAAGGAAAAAGGCGAAAUUGCGCCGCAUUCAAAAUUUGCCUGGAUUAACGAGAACGUUGUUGUGCCUUCCAUUCCUCCGCGAUUAUCCCGGUGUAAAAUUAUACAGAUCACUUAUACGCUUGAGCUUGAUGUUACGGUAACGAAUGAAAGCGGUCAAACGCUGGACAAUACGAGUGAUGGCGAGGAUCUGAGUCCGCAAGCCGAAGUGCUUUUGUUUGCAAAAAAGCGCGUACGAAUGCCGAGCUCCAUUCUCAGCGAACUCUAUCCAAAACUUCCCAGCCCCUAUUACAGGGAAUGUCAUUUUGGCGAAGUGGACAUAUCAGAGGACAAAGAGAAUGUUACGGUAACGAAUGAAAGCGGUCAAACGCUGGACAAUACGAGUGAUGGCGAGGAUCUGAGUCCGCAAGCCGAAGUGCUUUUGUUUGCAAAAAAGCGCGUACGAAUGCCGAGCUCCAUUCUCAGCGAACUCUAUCCAAAACUUCCCAGCCCCUAUUACAGGGAAUGUCAUUUUGGAGAAGUGGACAUAUCAGAGGACAAAGAGAAUGUGCAAUAUGGCGAUACCAAAUUUGCACCGAAAUAUCCUUUUUAUACUGAAUGA